CUAAAUUAUCAAAUUGCGCAGACUUUGACGUAAUUGUAAUUUUUUUAAUAGUUUCCUCGUAGAAAGUUUUAAAAUUUUAAGUUUAGGCAGAAAAAGUGGUUUGGGCUCGUGGAACGGGUCCGUGUGAAAAAUCGUCGAGGCCGUGGACCGACCCGAGUCGGCCUUCUUUUAUGAUUAGUCAGCCAUUAAAGCCGUGCUAUCCCUUGUCGGUCGUUGGACGUCGGUUUUUUCUGCCCUUUCGGAAAUAGAAAGAAUCGAAUCGGGACACUAGAGUGAUAGGUAGUGCGAAUCUAAAUCGGGGCUGAUCACACGGCCUUUUUGUCCGAUGUCUAGUGCUGAAGUGGCGACAAAUUCCAUUGAUCCCCCAGCCAAGAAGCGGAAAAUUGCUACAGGGGAGACAUCAACUCCGGCGAACUCCGUUUCGAAGGCGAAUCCGGUCAUGGCGAAUAACGGGUCGGCCACAAACCAAGACAUCGACGAGGGACUUUACUCGAGGCAGUUGUACGUCCUCGGCCACGAUGCGAUGCGUCGAAUGGCGUCUUCGGACGUGCUCAUCUCCGGGCUGGGAGGGCUCGGUGUCGAAGUGGCCAAGAACGUGAUCCUCGGCGGGGUCAAAUCGGUCACUUUACACGACGACAAGAAGUGCACCCUCGCGGACCUCUCAUCCCAGUUUUAUUUGACGGAGGCGGACGUCGGGAAGAACAGGGCCGAGGCCUCGUGCCGCCAGUUGGCGGAGCUUAACAAUUACGUCCCGACCCGGGCGUACACGGGCCCGUUGACCGAGGACUUCCUCCGGGGCUUCCGGGUCCUCGUCUUGGCCGACGUGGACAAGGACGUGAAGGAGAGGACGGCCGAGCUGGCCCGGACCUCCGGAGUGGCCCUCGUCGCCGCUACCAGUCGCGGGGUCUUCGCCCAGGUUUUCUGCGACUUCGGACCCGAGUUCACCGUCCUGGACACCAACGGCGAGAACCCGGUCUCCGCGAUGAUCGCCAACAUCUCGAGGGACGCCGAGGGGGUGGUCGCCUGCUUGGACGAUUCCAGACACGGGUUGGAAGACGGCGACUACGUCACUUUUCACGAGGUCCAGGGGAUGAAGGAGCUCAACGAAUGCGAGCCGAUGAAGAUCAAAGUUCUCGGUCCUUAUACGUUCAGCAUCGGUUGCACAACCGACUUUUCCGAAUACCUCAGAGGAGGUAUUGUGCAACAGGUCAAAAUGCCCAAGAAGGUAGUCUUCAAGCCUAUGAAGGAAUCUGUCAAAAGUCCUGAAUUCGUAAUGACUGAUUUCGGCAAGUUCGAUCACCCGCAACAGCUCCACAUCGCUUUCCACGCUUUGGAGAUGUUCAUAAAACGCAACGGCUUGCCGCCGAAGCCUUGGGAUCAGAAGGACGCUUCGGCUUUCCUCGAAUUGUGCAAGACACAGACUGACGUUCUUCCAGGCACUGAACUGAACGAAGACUUGAUUCGUAAAUUUGCCUACACCUGCUCCGGCAGUUUGAACCCGAUGAACGCUUUUAUUGGAGGUGUCGUCGCCCAAGAAGUCAUGAAAGCGUGCAGUGGAAAAUUCUCUCCGAUAUUCCAAUGGCUGUAUUUUGAUGCGAUAGAGUGCCUUCCAGAGAAGCUCGCUCCCGAAGACUGUGUACUGAAGGGAAACAGGUAUGAUGGUCAGGUCGCUGUAUUUGGCAACAGUUUCCAAAAAGUGUUAGGUUCUUUGAAAUACUUUGUUGUCGGUGCUGGUGCUAUUGGGUGUGAACUGCUCAAGAAUUUUGCGAUGAUGGGCGUAGGAGCUGAUGGUGGGCAGAUAACUGUCACCGACAUGGAUUUAAUAGAAAAAUCAAAUUUGAACCGACAGUUUCUAUUCCGCCCGCAUGACGUUCAAAAACCCAAGUCAGGCACUGCGAGCAGAGCCAUUAAGAAAAUGAACCCUCAUAUGUGUGUUGUGCCACAUGAGAAUAGAGUCGGACCCGAAACGGAAAAAGUCUACGAUGAUGUUUUCUUUGAAAACCUAGACGGUGUUGCCAACGCUUUGGACAAUGUGGACGCUAGGAUUUAUAUGGAUCGUAGAUGUGUAUAUUACAGAAAGCCUCUUCUCGAAUCUGGCACUCUAGGGACAAAAGGAAAUACGCAGGUUGUCGUCCCUUUCUUGACAGAAUCUUACAGCUCUUCCCAGGAUCCGCCAGAGAAGAGUAUCCCCAUCUGCACUCUCAAAAACUUUCCCAAUGCCAUAGAACACACCCUCCAAUGGGCGAGAGAUUCCUUUGAAGGGCUUUUCAAACAAUCGGCUGAGAAUGCUGCUCUCUAUCUUUCCGAUCCUACAUUUAUAGAGAGGACUUUGCGUUUGCAGGGUGUGCAACCGGUCGAAGUGAUGGAAUCGCUCAAGCAGGCGCUCAUCGACGAAAGGCCAGAGGAUUUCCGAGACUGCGUCGUCUGGGCUAGAAACCAUUGGCAAGAACAGUACUCCAACCAAAUUAGACAGCUGCUCUUUAACUUCCCACCGGACCAAGUCACUUCCAGUGGUCAGCCUUUUUGGUCUGGACCGAAACGUUGUCCCAAGCCUCUUGUUUUUGAUGUGAACGAUCCUUUGCACCUGGACUAUGUCUUCGCUGCUGCCAAUCUCAAGGCUGAAGUUUACGGUUUGCGCCAAGUCAGAGACAGAGACGCUGUGGCCGAAAUGGUUAAGGAAGUCGUCGUGCCUGAGUUCACACCAAAAUCUGGUGUGAGGAUUGCAAUUAACGACGCCCAGCUCACAAAUGGAGCGGGCGGUCCCAUCGACCAGGACAAGAUCGGCCAGCUUCAGGCCGAGUUACCUAGUAGGGAAUCUUUCAACGGGAUGCAAAUCAGGCCUUUGGAAUUUGAAAAAGACGACGAUAACAACCUUCAUAUGGAUUUUAUUGUAGCCGCUUCUAACUUGCGUGCUGCCAAUUACGGAAUACCCCCUGCUGACCGACACAAGAGCAAGCUCAUCGCCGGAAAGAUCAUACCCGCUAUCGCCACUACGACUUCGGUUGUCGCCGGCCUGGUCUGUUUUGAACUGAUCAAACUGGCCCAAGGAGAGAAGAAACUGGAAAAAUUCAAAAACGGUUUUGUCAAUCUCUCUCUUCCGUUCUUCGGCUUCUCUGAACCAAUUGCCGCCCCCAAGCAAAAAUACUAUGAUCACGAAUGGACACUGUGGGACCGUUUCGAGGUACAAGGAGAGAUGACACUCCAAGAGUUUAUAGACUACUUCAAGAAAGAACACGGCCUCGAGAUCACCAUGCUAUCACAAGGUGUCUGCAUGCUCUACUCAUUCUUCAUGCCUUCGAGCAAGCUCCAGGACCGCCACAACCUCACCAUGUCUGAAGUUGUGAGGAAAGUAUCUAAGAGGAAGCUCGAACCCCACGUGAAAGCUCUCGUGUUCGAACUUUGUUGCAACGACAAUGAUGGAAACGACGUCGAGGUCCCUUACGUUCGGUAUACUCUGCCUUAAAUUCAUCUUCAUCAAUAAAACUUAUAUUAAUGAAAA